AUGAACAACCUAUUUCCUCGGAUCGUUGCUCGUAAUGACGAUGACAAUGGUGGACUGUCAAAUGCAAUGAUUGAUCUCUUGAUCGCUCUUCUUGUUCUUGUUCUGCUCUCCCUCGCCCUGGUCGGUGGUCUGCUGGUCCUCCGUCGCAAGCGUCAAUCUCGGAAACAAAACCUACUCCCAGUUCACAAUGGAGAGUCCCCUGUCAAUAAACGCCGCUUAACUAUCUCUACCAACAAGUCUGAUUCCGUGGUCGUGUACGAUGAGAAGCGCAGUCUCAUGGCCAACUCCGACAGCCCCCCACCUAGCCCUGUGCCCGAAAUCCGCAUUACCUUCCCCGAGGAAGAAGAUGCGAGCGGCAAACGUACCUCUGGCCGAAUGGUCAUUGUCCGAAUCAGUGACGCUGGUAGCGUCGGUCUGGAACCCUGUCACGAGGAGCUACCGCCCUAUCAAACCACCGACACCGGUCGCUUCCAAUCCCUGGACAUUGACCGGAUGGGUGGAUUGAAGGAGAAGGGGGAGAUGAAUACAUACAAAUAA